AUGGAAAGCCGAAUAGACCCAACACAUGCUAAUCCACAAACAAAUAUGGUCAUCAACCCCAAUACCAAUGCCUUUGGUGUACAUGAUGCCAUGAGAUUCGGACCUGCUAAAGUUAGAACUACAACAGGACCUAAUCAUCCCUUAUAUCAAUCGGAGCUACAGCAUGCCAAAAAUGCGGAAGAAAUGAAUCUGUCAUUAAUGAAACGUGUACAAGGCGCACACGGUCCUUUCAAAUUACACAUGGAACGUUCUGUAGCAUCGAAAAUGCAUAGAUUACCCGGUAUGCACAGUCACAUGGUUGCCUUAGACUGUUUAAUGGGGACAGAUGAAACCAUCGAUUUUGAAGAUUUCCUAGGAGGACGAUUUGCAACUAUGAUCAGAACUCAUUACUAA